GUGCGUUGCGCGCCAGUCAGUUCGAAAAGAUAAACACAGUAGGUAUUUAACGUGUACCAAUUCGAUGUGUGGAUUUAUUGAGUUGUUUAUAAAAGUUUAUGCUAUAUUUUGACUGUUUUGUUCGAUACGCACGUGUCGUAUCAGCCGCUACACUUUUUUGCUGUAAAAACUGUAUUUUAUAAACUAUACAGCAUUGUAUAGACAUCAACAAUCAUUGUUAGCAACAGAUUAUUCAAUUAACUCAACUGUUAAGUAGAAUUAAAAUGGAAGUGGUAAUGGAAACUGAAAAUGCUGAAGAAUUCACAGAAAACUCAAAUGAGGAGACAUCGGAAACAAGCAUCACCGAAGAGAGUUUGAUGAGCAUGGAAAAAUUAGACAGAGCAUCGCCAGAUUUAUGGCCAGAAGAAUGCAUUAAUAAAUUUAUUGCGCGCCAUUUACCAGAGCCUGAUUGUCCAUCGUUUAAUACUUCAUUAGAUGAAGAGGACAUGAACAAAGUUUAUCGCCUUAGUCAGUUGUCAAAGGAAGAAAUAGUUUUAGAAGCCAAAAAACUUUUGGAUGAAACUUUUUCUUUAGGAGUUGAAGAGUCAAAAGAAAUGACCCGAGGGAAAUUUCUGAAUAUUUUCAAACAUUUGUGAAAAAAGUGACUGAAAUUACAUUGGGAUUUUUAUUCGAGUGAUAAUGAUAAGUGAUUUAUUAUUUUUGUAUAGCUUAGAAAAAUUAUUUUCAUCAUGAAUAAUGAGUAAUAUUUAAUUUA